AUGUUUAUCAAAGCCCUCGCAAAGUUCACGGCAUUAUGUGCAUCCAACUCAACCAAAGUAAUAGCUUUGGCAAAUCUUGCACCCUUUGGAAGUCUCUUUGGCUCUUCACCUGAGCUACUCAAGCGCACACUCUUCACCACAGCUACCCAGUUGAGAGAGCGUGAACGUGACCCAGCACUCCAGCCACCUGCAAAGCCCAAGUCACCUUAUCUACGUUUUAUGCACCAUCUCAUCCAGAAAGAGAAAAGAGGCAAGCCACUACUCAAGAUUGAUACUAUCAAGUUCGGUCAACAAGUUGCUGCGCCUUCAUGGGAAAGCCUUUUUGAAAGUGACAAGAAACCCUUCGAGCAAGCUUAUCAGCACGACUACAAGCUUUAUAAGCCAAAGGAGAGAGAUUGGUGGAUGUCUAAGACCCAUUCCGAUAUCAGUCUCAUCAAUGAGGAGCGUCGCUUGUAUGGUAUGAAGCCUCUUUCAUUUCCAAAAGAAUACAUGAAAGAAAUUCGUGAAAAUGAACGUCAAGCUCGUCAAGCUGAGAAGUCUCUCAAGCCAAAGGGCAUUGCCAACAGCCGCAUCCGAUUCAUGAAGGAAGUCAUUCCAUCACUUUCACGUGAGCUUGGUAAUUCCCAAGAAGCAAUGAAAGCUGCAUCUAAACAAUGGAAUGAGCUUACUGAUGAUGAGAAAGAGCCAUACCAACAAGCUUAUCUCAAAGAGAGAGUAGAAAAGGAACUCUUGAAGAAGUAA